UUCACUAUCAAUUCUUUGAGUACUCGUAUGAAGAUGGCCUUGGCGGUGCGGCGGCUGAGCCACCAGCCACAGCAGCCACCACGAGUGAUCGCGUCGCUUCGAUCGCUACGGGCACUUCCACCGUCCAAAGCUCUCAAGUUUCGUUGGAAGGGCAAUGUCGAUGGGUUUGUGUUCCUCUCAGGGGACACACCACAUGCCUACGCCAAUCGGUGCAGCCAUGUUGCGCUCGAAUUGGACUUGAACGACGCCGACUUCUUUUCGCAUGGGUUCAUCCAAUGCAAAGUGCACGGGGCGAUGUUUGAUCCAGAAUCGGGACUGUGCUUGCGACCGCCACCGCAAUGCAAGCGUCUGCAUGUACGUUGCUUGAUGACUUCGAGUUCUCAAGAAUGCGUAGCCGCUUCGACGGAUACCACUUGUUGUGGAGGCCGACAAUGUGCUGCUGAGCGAUGGCCAUCCACCUGCACCGUCACAAACUCAGAUAUUUGACGACACUUAUCUUCGCGACAAGCAGGUUCAACUGCAGGCUGCGAUGGACGCCGAUGCCAUGGACAUUCAGGCAGAAGUCGACGCCAUCAACCAACGGUCCCUUCGCCUCAUGGCAGCUGCGAAAAGACACACGAAACCCACCAAGUGAAUUGCGCAUCAACGCUACUUGUGGUUCAUUGACAUUAUACAACAACGACCUACGUCUUGGACCCAAGUAGUAGCAGUAGCCAUUGGAAGUGUGUAUGGGCAGGCAAAGAUGCUCAGGUCCUCAGGCAGCAUGAAGACAGCAUUCACAUGGGUGAGAAUUGUGUGAUUCC